UGCGCCGCACGAGGCCGUGCGUCGCGGGGGCGGGGCCGCGCAGACGCACCGGGCGCCCCGGCUCCGGAGCAUAAACAAGAGCGGGGACGUGAUGAGGCGGCGGUUGAUCCCAGGGCGGCGAGUGGCGGCGACCCAGGCGGCUAGCGGGGCCCGGCGCCGACCCUGAGUGCAGCGUGACUCGCCCUCGCACGCGCGCCCUCCCCGGCCGGGCCCACUCGCCGCGCGCCCAGCCAUGAACCUGGCGAGCCAGAGCGGGGAGGCCGGCGCCGGCCAGCUGCUCUUCGCCAACUUCAACCAGGACAUCACAGAAGUGAAAAGGGCAUCAAGAGCAGCUGGUCUUGGCCGUCGCGCUGUUGUCUGGUCCCUAGCUGUUGGUAGUAAGUCCGGUUAUAAAUUUUUCUCCCUUUCUUCUGUGGAUAAGCUGGAACAGAUCUAUGAAUGCACUGACACGGAAGAUGUGUGCAUCGUAGAGAGAUUGUUCUCCAGCAGCCUAGUGGCCAUCGUGAGCCUUAAAGCACCAAGGAAGCUAAAGGUUUGCCACUUUAAGAAGGGGACUGAGAUCUGCAACUAUAGCUACUCCAACACGAUUCUGGCUGUGAAGCUCAACAGGCAGAGGCUGAUAGUAUGCCUGGAGGAGUCCCUGUACAUCCACAACAUUCGGGACAUGAAGGUGCUGCAUACAAUCAGGGAGACGCCUCCAAACCCUGCAGGCCUGUGUGCGCUGUCAAUCAACAACGACAACUGCUACUUGGCGUACCCAGGGAGCGCGACCAUCGGAGAGGUGCAGGUCUUCGAUACCAUUAAUUUGAGAGCUGCAAACAUGAUUCCGGCUCAUGACAGCCCUUUAGCGGCAUUGGCCUUUGACGCAAGCGGAACUAAACUUGCCACGGCUUCAGAGAAGGGUACCGUGAUUAGGGUAUUUUCCAUUCCAGAAGGACAAAAACUCUUUGAGUUUCGGAGAGGAGUGAAGAGGUGUGUGAGCAUCUGCUCCCUGGCCUUCAGCAUGGACGGCAUGUUCCUCUCUGCCUCCAGCAACACGGAGACCGUGCACAUCUUCAAACUCGAGACUGUGAAAGAAAAACCCCCAGAGGAGCCCACCACCUGGACCGGGUACUUCGGGAAAGUGCUCAUGGCCUCCACCAGCUACCUGCCUUCUCAAGUGACAGAAAUGUUCAACCAGGGCAGAGCCUUCGCCACGGUCCGCCUGCCAUUCUGCGGCCACAAAAACAUCUGCUCGCUAGCCACAAUUCAGAAGAUCCCGCGAUUGUUGGUGGGUGCCUCCGAUGGAUACCUGUACAUGUACAACCUGGACCCCCAGGAGGGCGGCGAGUGCGCCCUGAUGAAGCAGCACCGGCUGGACGGCAGUCUGGAGACGGCCAAUGAGAUCUUGGACUCUGCCUCUCACGACUGCCCCUUAGUCACUCAGACAUAUGGCGCAGCUGCAGCCAAAGGUACUUACGUGCCUUCAUCCCCAACGAGACUUGCCUACACAGACGACCUGGGUGCUGUGGGUGGUGCCUGCCUGGAGGACGAGGCCAGUGCCCUGCGCCUGGAUGAGGACAGCGAGCACCCACCCAUGAUUCUUCGGACUGACUGAACUUGACCUGUGACCUCUGACCCGGGGAGCAGAGAACACUGGCUUCACAGAGGACUUUGUGCAUUGCUGCUAUGAACUUUGACCUGAGUCAGUGGAGAGGAUGGCAGAGACUUUAUUAAAAAAAAAAAAAAAAAAAAAGAUUGUAGUAGUAGUCUUAACUCCAUAACGCUGAGGACAUACAUCGUUUUCACUUCAGUGGCUUUUAAA